UCAAAGUACUUCGUUCUGAGUAGUAUGAUAUCAAGGCAAAUUCGCCGCAGUGGACUGUUUAUGCUUGAGAUUACGAUAAAUCUUGUUUGCUGGGGUUACCUGUCACAACUGUUAGCAAUAAGGGGCAACAUUAAUCGGCACAUCAAGUUUCAGGGAAUAAUUUCUCAAAGGAAAGGUGGAUACUACCAGACGCCAUCAGUUUACUUGUGUCAUGUGGGUAGAGAUUUAAAACUAAUUAUUGGUUUUAGUGUUCUGUCAUAUUCAAUUAUAAAAAAAAAACAAAAAUAUAAUUUAUAAAGUAGGGCAGAAAAUUUACAUUUUUUAGUCAAUUGGUUGAUUUGCUAAUUUUCACCAUUGUAGAAUAUGUUCCUCAACAGCAAGUAAUAUAUUAGAUUUAUCUAUGUAUUUCUCUAUGUCGCGUUUAUUGACUAGUGAGAAUAAAUUGAAUUGGAUAGCAAUGCAUGCCUUCUAAACUCAUGCUACAGGGGCUAAGUCCAUUUUGGGCCCAAACUCUGUGAUACCAUAAAUGUAGAAAGGGGUCAAACUCUGACCCAGAUAAAAAAAAACUAACCACUCGCUUCAAAUGCCUAAAAAAUCUUAUACUAGGUACGCUCUGCGUAAUUUGUUGUUUUACUUGUAUGAAUUAAAGUUUUUAUGACAGCAGAGAAAUUCAGAUUAGUGUGGAAGAUUUCGGACCUGUCAAUUAAAAUUUCACAUCAUUUAUAUGCUACUUACUUCCUCAUACUUUAAUAAAGUUUUUCAUGUAGACAUUACACGACUUAUUUUUUCCUCAGCAGCAUCAACUGUUGACAAGAUAUGCCAUUUUAAUGAAAGCACUAAAUACCCGAUAUACUUAAAUCUCAAAUACCUUAAAAUUUAUCAAAACAUUAUUCUUGUGAUAUUGCACCUAGAGAAGGAAAUUGAACCUUUUUUCUUCUUCUUUUUUUUUUGGUUUUUUUUUUUUUUUUUUGGUUUUUUUUUUUUUUUGGUUUUUUUUUUUUUUUGCUUUCUUAAUUUUUUGUUUUUGUUUAUUUUAUUUCAUUUAGAUUAUUUUUACCCAUUUUCCCCUUCUUUAAAGUUUUAGGUAUUUCGGAUCUUUAGUGCGUUUCUCAAAAUGGCAGUUAGAGUCAGGAGUUGAUGUUUCGUAAAAUAAGCGACCCAGAUACGACGUACACGGAGAAUUUUAUCAAAGUAUGAGGAUAUAAUUGAUGUGAAAUUUUAAUUGACCGGUCCGAAAUCUUCCACACUAGUCUGAAUUUCGCUGCUGUCAUAGGCGAGAAACGACUCCGUGACCUGGACCGGUAAAUGUCCUAGUAAAAAUGAACAAGUGAAAUCGAGAGAACGAUGACGUAUAUCUCUGUUAUUUUAGGAACCUGUGGCUUGUUUGGCAUGCAUGUAGUUAAAACAUUAAUAUAUGCAAGUAAAACGACAAAUUACGCAGAGCGUACCUAGUUUAAUAAUUUUUAGGCAUUUCAAGCAAGUGUUUAGUUUUUAUACGCCCGUCAUUAGACGUAUUAUGUUAUGGCGCUGUCCGUGCAUCUGGCUGGCUGUCCGUCCGGGGUCAUGUUUUCCGGACUUUUUUCCGUAACGAAUGCAUGUACAACUUUGAAAUUCGGUCACAAUAUCUCCCUCAAGAAUUGUAAGAGUGAGUUUGCAUUUCAGCUGGAUUGGUCCAUCCUUGACCUACUUUGGGACUAUAAGUAGGUCAAACAAUUUUCCGGACCUUUUUUCGUUACAGAUACAGAUAUUGCCCUGAAAUUUACACAUAAGCUUCCUUUCAGAGGAAUACAAGUUCAGUUUGCAUUUCAACUGGAUUGGUCCAUCCUUGACUUACUUUUGAACUAGAAAUAGGUCAAACAGUUUUCCGGCCUUUUUUCCAUUACGGAUACAGAUAUUGCCCUGAUAAUUAAUCAAAGCCUUCCUCACAUAGGAAUACAUGUUCAAUUUGCAUUUCAGCUGGAUUGGUCCAUCCUUUGACCUACUUUUAGGGGAAAAUAGGUCAAACAGUUUUCCGAACUUUUCUUCAUUACGGAUUCAGUUAUUUCCCUGAUAUUUAGUCAAAGGAUUUCUCUUAAAGGAAUACAAGUUCAGUAUUUAUUUCAGCUGGAUUGGUCCAUCCUUGACCUACUUUUUGGGAAAAAUAGGUCAAAUAGUUUUCCAGGCAGUUUUUCAUUAUGGAUACAGAUGUUGCGCUGAAAUUCAGUCAAAGUUUUCCUCUUGGAAGAAUACAAGUUCAGUUUGCAUUUCAGAUGGAUUGGUCCAUCCUUGACCUAUCUUUGAGCUAAAAAUAGGUCAAACAGUUUCCCGGGCUUUUUUUCAUUACGGAUACAGAUAUUGUCCUGAUAUUUAUUUAAAGGAUUCCUUUGAGAGGAAUACAAACUCAGUUUGUAUUUCAGCUGGAUUGGUCCAUCCUUGACCUACUUUUUGGGGGAAAAUAGGUCAAACAGUUUUGCGAGCCUUUUUCCAUUACGGAUACAGAUAUUGCCCUGAUAUUAGUCAAAGGCGUUCUCUCAGAGGAAUGCAAGUUCAGUUUGUAUUUCAGCUGGAUUGGUCCAUCCUUGACCUACUUUUGGACUAAAAAUAGGUCAGACAGUUUUCUAGGAUUUUUUUUUAUUACAGAUACAGAUAUUGCACUGAUAUUUAGUUAAAGGCUUCCUCUCAGAGGAAUACAAGUUCAGUUUGCAUUUCAGCUGGAUUGGCGCACUAUGACCUACAGUACUUUAGGGUUAAAAGUAGGUCAAACAGUUUUCCAGGUUUUUUUGGGGGGUGUGGUCACAGGUAUUGCUCUGAAAUUUAGUCACAACCUCCCUUUCAGAGAAAUACAUAAUCAGUUCACAUUUCAACUCAAUUGGUGCACCAUGACCAACUAACUUCAGGACUAAAAGUAGAUCAAAUGGUUCCCUAUACUUUUUAUCAUCAUAGAUAGAUAUUGCACCAACAUUUUGUCACAACCUCACUCUCAGAGAAAUACAUAAUCAGUUCACAUAUCAGAUGGAUUGGUGUACCAUGACCCACUUUACGGCUUUUCUAUUCAGAAUGUGUGUUGUAUCAAUUCAGAGUGCACAAUAUGCUUCCAGGUUGAAUUUCACUGUCCGACGGGCGUAUAUUGCACCGUUUGUUGAAUUUCACUGUCCGACGAGCGUAUAUUGUACCGUUUGUUGAAUUUCACUGUCCGACGAGCGUAUAUUGUACCGUUUGUUGAAUUUCACUGUUCGAAGGGCGUAUAUUGUACCGUUUGUUGAAUUUCACUGUCCGACGGGCGUACAUGUAUAUUGUACCGUUUGUUGAAUUUCACUGUCCGACGGGCGUACAUGUAUAUUGUACCGUUUGCAGUACUCUUGUUUAUCUGUGUCAGAGUUAGACCCCUUUCUAUAUUUAUGGUAUCACAGAGUUCAGGCCAAAAACGGGCUUAUAGUCCCUGUGACCCAUGCGGUACAGGUAACUGUUGGCCACCCAUGUGUUUAGGAAAUAUGUUUUAUCAUCUGUCGAAUUAUGUCAGACAGUAUUAGUUAAAAGUUGUAGCUGACUUUUGAAGAUUGUGUCAUGGACAACAGACUAGGGGUCCUAAUGGUUUGGCUGAUAGUUGGCAUCUUCCUGGCUUUGUAUCUUCACACACCAUUCCCAGAGAAUGCCAGACAUCCUAUCAAGCAGAAGUUUUCUAGAGCAAUGGUCAGGGUUAUGUAUGACAUUGGCUCAAUUGGAAACAGUCUUGGCUUGGGAUCCGAAGUCAACGUAACUAGACGUCUUUCUGAACUGAACUCGGUACUAUCACGCGAAGCGGAUGACGGAACAUUGCAGGUCCGAGAUGAGAUUUUUGACGGAGUUCACGUCAGGUUGUAUAUACCCAACAGUCUCCCCGAGGAGCCCUCACCAGCACUGAUCAAUAUUCACGGUGGAGGAUGGGCGUAUCUAGACGUAGACAGCUACGAUGCAUUCUGCCGACGAGUUGCUAAGCAUGCUCAUCUUGUUGUGGUGUCAAUAGAGUACCGGCGCGCUCCAGAAUACCCAUUUCCCGUCCCACUGGAUGACUGUGUAACAGCUGUAAAGUAUUUCAUGACAAAUGCAGAGAAAUACAAAGUGGAUGCAAAAAGAAUUGGUUUGACAGGGGAUAGUGCUGGUGGAAAUUUAGCCAUGGCAACUGCCCUGAGGCUGAUAAAAGAAGAUACUCCGAAGCUGAAACUCCUUAGUCUUAUGUACCCUACCCUGCAGUCUUUCGAUCUAAACCUGCCUUCUUACCUAGAGCAUCCAAAUCGUCGAAGCACAUCUUUCUGUAUGAAGGAUACCCUUAUUCACUGUAUGCAACUGUAUGCCUUUGGUCAUGAACCGUUAACCUCUGCAAUGGUAGGAAACGCCCACAUAUCCCAAGAAGACAGAGAAAAAUAUUCAAAGUUUAUUGAUGUUAAAAUGCUACCAUCUGAAUAUCAGAAGACGUACGUAUCUACACAGCCGUCGAUGAAAACUCAGACAGAUAUUGACACCAGUGUCUUUUUGGAUCCUUACUUCUCUCCACUAUUAGCGAGCGAUAAUGAUCUCCGAAAGUUGCCUAAAAUCUACCUUAUGACGGCGGACAUCGACGCUCUUCGAGAUGACGGAUUUCUUCUCGCUAAGAGAAUGAAAUCUCUGGGUCUAGAUAUAGACCAUGAACACAUGGUAGGACUAGAACAUGGCUUUGUUUUAUUCUUUUAUUACGAGAGUUCCCUGGAAUAUAUAGAAAAUUACUCAACAUAUAUCAAAAACAAUUUGUAGCGGAAAACAACCAAAAUGAAGUUUCUUAUAUUACAUCAAUGGGUUACAAUACUCAUUAUAAAUAAAAUGUGUUAAACACACACAUAUAUAUAUAUAUAUAUAUAUAUAUAUAUCCACAUGUAGUUUGCAGUUCAUGUUGUAAACUUUCUUUUUUGAAAUUUCAUUCUUUAUAAACUGUCUUGCUGUUAUGCCCUCUGGGCCCAAAAUUGGAAUAAAACUUAUCUUAUCUUAU